AUGGAUUGUAACACGGCUGAGGUUUCAGACGAGGUCCACAUGCAAAGUGCAGUUAAAUGCGACACUUGCGAAAAUACCGCAGAACACUUGUGCAAAACAUGUCAUGAUAAACUGUGCAGCAGUUGCAAAGAGAUCCAUGCUAGAAGCAAGUCUUCAUUUGAUCAUGAGGUUACGCUACUGACAUUUGAAUCUCUUUCACUGUCAUCUGAAGUGCCUUCCAUCCAGAUAUGCAGGUCCCAUCCAGGUUUUCGCGCAAAUAUCUGUUGCCGAGAAUGCGAGGUACCGGUUUGUGAAAAAUGUCUGGUAGGCGACCACAAUGGGCAUAAAUUGGUGGCGACUUUGGAACUAUUCCAAGAAAAAAAAGAGAAAAUGGUAAGCAAAUUGUCCUUUGUGGAAUCUGAGUUACCUAAGUAUGAAGCAAAGUUGGAUGCAAUUAGGGAAAGACAAGGCAGCCAAGGUGAAAGAAGUAAAUUAUUAAAAAGUCAAAUCAAAUCUCAUUUUGAAGAAUUGAAUUCAAAAAUUGAGGAAGAGAAGAAUCGACUUUUGGAGAUGGUAAAAUUCAAAGAAGAAACGGAGCUUCUUAUACUGCGAAUUCAGGAGUCUCAAAUGUCAGAAUACAUUGAGAAUAUUCAUUCAUUCAUGAAGAAUGUUAGAAAUGCUGAAUCAUCAGAAAGAAAUAGAUUUAUUCUAUAUGCAAAUUCCUCUAUUCAGUCCACUGUUCCAGAAACAUUUCCACACUUUUCGAUCGCCUGUAUGACACAAUUUUCUCAAGGAACGUUCGACCAAACUCUAAUCAGUAAAUUGUGUGGAGAAAUAAAUCUACAAACGGAUGGUCUCCAACUUCAAGCAAACUUCCUAGAAAUCGUCGACAUUUUUGCUGAAAAUAAAGAAAUUGAAUCCCUUUACUUUCACUUGAAUGAUAACACAUUCUGGAUUUACAUAAAAGGUGAAGCAGGUUUUGAGAAGAUGGACGGAGACGGAAAUGUUGUCUGUAGUAUAGAAGUGAAAGCACUUAGACCAAGCAACAAACCAAUUUGUGCAUCUCGAGAUGGAAAUGUAUUUUAUAGGAAAGACAACCAUGUUAUAACACAGAUGAAUCCAAAGGGAGAAGAAACGAUGUUUGUUGACUUUUGUGACCAAUCAGCCUUACCGGUAUGUAUGUAUUUAACGAAAGAUGACGAAGACAUUGCAAUAGGAAUAGUUGACUCUAAAGUAAAAGAAGGGAAAAUAAUGCGAUUUAAUAGGAGUGGGCAUUUUAUCAGUGAAAUUCAAAGUCCCCAUUUAUUCAGAUGGCUUAUUAAAAACCGUGAACCAGUUUACAUAGCUGAAAAUAUCAAUGGGGACAUCUGCAUUUCAAGCACAUUUGUCGACGUUUUCAACAAAAGUGGGGAACUAAGAUUCUCUUACAAAGCUAGUGGGAACACGAAUCGUGCGUUUUUAUCUGGUGGAAUAUGUACCGAUAUUCUUGGACACAUUCUAAUAGCUGACAAAACAAACCGCUGCAUUCAUGUUCUCAAUAUAAAGGGAAAGCUUUUGAAGAUAAUGGACAUCCCAGGACUAGGAGAGGAAGACUACCCCAUAACGUUGACCAUAGACGCCAACUACUGUCUAUGUGUUGGAUGUUCCGAUGGCAGAAUCAAGGUCUUAAAGUACAUUGCAUAGAUUUUUUUUCAUUAUCGAACAUUCUAUUUUUAUUGAACAAAAUAACGACAAUAUAAAGAAAUCUGAUAAGCAUUAGUAUGCAAACAACCAAUGAGAAGAUUCAUGUAAAUAAUAAAAUGUUCCAAAGUGAGAGUGAAGUUUAUCAUGUUUAUACAAGCUUACAGCUGAACACGAUUUGUAAUAGGAAUUUGCCCGCCAUAUCCCUUUAUUCACGCGCUAUAUUUGAGGGCCCCUAUUGCAUAGCCACUCAUUUAGUCACUGUUCAGUGUAAUCAGAUGUCACCCGUGUAGACUAGUGAAAUACGGAUGUCUGCUACAUAGCACUCGAUAACGAGAAAAAUAUCUUGUACUUCUUCCACAGCAGCAGAGAAAGAUAUCAAAGAAACUUACAACAGUUGCAUAGGUCAGUGCACUAUACAAAUCAGGCGCGUAGCUACGCAAGCGUGUACAAAUAAUUUUACGAAAAGGAGAGAAGAAAGAAAAAACAAUCAACCAACUAGAUAGAGAGAAAGAGAUUGACUUUUUGUUUAGUCUCGUUCGAAAAAAAAUUCACUAAUAUAGAGACGUA